GCUCUGCCCAACAAAACCCUAGCAACAGCAAAACCAUCGUCGUCGUCUUCCUCUUUCUCCAUCCCAAAAUCUCAGCCAUGAGAAAACCCAGAUCCAAAUCUAAACUCAAAUCCAAGUCGAGGCUUGUCAGGAGGCAGUUUCGGGUAUCGGAGGAGAAGGAGAUCGAGCUGCUCAACUCAUGGAUCGACGACCAGAAACCCGAAUCAGGCUCCAACCCACUCUCUCUCCCUUCUCUUCCCUCCUCCUCCACGCCUCCGUUGGCCAAUACGACGGCGUUCCCUCGAUAUUCCGGCGUCACAAAGUUCAGCCAGCUUCCCCUCUCGCGGAAGACCAAGGAUGGCCUCCUCCAGUCCGGCUACGUCGAGAUGACGGAGAUUCAGCGGGCGUCUUUGCCUCACGCCCUCGCCGGUAGGGACAUUCUCGGCGCCGCCAAGACCGGCUCCGGGAAGACUCUCGCCUUUGUUAUUCCGGUUUUGGAGAAAUUGUUUCGCGAGAGAUAUUCCGCUGAGUGGGGAGUUGGAGCCAUCAUUCUUUGUCCCAUAAGGGAGUUAGCUGAACAAAUAUUUGAAGAAAUAAAAUCAGUCGGAAGGCACCAUAGCAUUAGUGCCGCUCUCAUAAUUGGUGGGAAAGAGGUAGAUUUAGAGAAAGAUCGCGUGAACAACAUGAACAUACUGGUCUGCACCCCCGGUCGUCUUCUUCAACACAUGGAUGAGACUGUAAAUUUUGACUGCUCACAACUUCAGGUUUUAGUCCUUGAUGAGGCUGAUCGUAUGCUUGAUAUGGACUUUAAGAAGACCCUCAAUGACAUCGUUUCACAGCUACCUAAGAAAAGACAAACCCUUCUCUUUUCCGCAACUCAAACAAAAUCAAUUCAAGACCUCGCACGACUGAGUUUGAAGGAUCCGGAGUACAUCAGUGUGCACGAGGAGUCUGUGACAGCCACUCCAACAGGUCUGCGGCAAACUGCAUUGACUGUUCCAUUGGAACAAAAGCUGGACAUGUUGUGGAGUUUCAUAAAGUCGCAUCUUAAUUCAAGGACUCUAGUGUUCCUCUCUACUCGCAAACAGACAGUAUUUGUCUUUGAAGCAUUCAAAAAGCUUCGUCCUGGAAUACCCUUGAGAUGUCUCCAUGGAAAGAUGAAACUGAUAAAAAGACUGGGGGUAUAUAAACAAUUCUGUGCGGAACAACGAUCAGUUCUUUUCUGCACUGAUGUAGGUUCGAGAGGCCUCGACUUUAACAAGGCAGUUCAGUGGGUUGUUCAGGUGGAUUGCCCAGAUGACAUAAAAACAUACAUACACCGAGUCGGCCGAACAGCUCGCUACAAUUCUAGGGGGGAAUCACUUUUAUUUUUGCUGCCAUCUGAAGAGAAAAUGCUUGGGAAAUUACAAUCACAAAAAAUACCCCUGCGGGAAAAAAAGAUUUCUCAGGUAAACAAAUUGAGACUACAACCAGUUUCUGGGUUGUUGGCAGCUUUGCUAGUCAAGUAUCCGGAUUUGCAGUAUAAAGCACAAAGGGCGCUUCUAACAUAUUUACGGUCUAUACACAAAAACAAGGAUAAAGAGAUCUUUGAUGUCACAAAGCUUAGUAUUGGCGACUUUUCUGCAUCACUUGGUCUUGCAAUAACCCCCAAAAUUCGUUUUCUAAAUCAGAAGGUCAAGGCAAAUGAAAUGUCAGGAAAAUCUUCCGCUCUCGAACCCGAAAGUUCUAGCGAGGAUGAUGAGUUGGAGAUUCCCGAAGAAGACCAUGAUAUUGGUAAUUUCAAGGUAGAGGAAGGCCAUAAUAUCGGUAAUUUCAAGGGAGAGGAGAUGGAAAAAAGUUCUCUUCUAGGACAUGAUACCACAGACGGGAAGGAAGGUUUAGCAGAUAUCGUGAUGAGAACACGGGUUCUAAAGAAAAAGAAGUUGAAGAUCAAUGUCCAUCAGCCAACCGGGACCAGGGUCGUUUUUGAUGAUGAGGGAAUCAACCCACUACCGCCACUUGCGAGGCUAGCUGACACGAAGAAUGGCAGUGAUAACUUCUUGCUUGAUAAAGGCAGGAAAAAAGAUUAUUACAGAAAGGUGAUGGAAGAGAUGAAGCAUGUGGACAAGGAAGACAAGCUUAUUUACCGUGAGCGCCGGCGAGAAAAAAGAACCAAGGAGAAGAUGAAGAGAAAGAAAGGUAAAAUGGAAGAAGAUUAUGGUGACCAAGAUGAUCUUGCUGAAGAAGAGGAAUAUUGGAAUAAAAAAGCAAAGAUUUACUUUGGUAGCGACAGUGAUGAAGAAAAAGAAGAAAACAAGGGUAAAGAAGUUAAAGCUGCCUCAAUGUCGUUAGCAGAGCAAGAAGCUUUGGCGCUCAAGCUGUUAGGUUCGAUGCAGCAAAAAAAUUAAAACAAGAAAGUAUUUGCAACUUGGUGACCUGGCCGAAAAAUUUUGUUUACAUAUUUAACUUAUUAGUUUUUGCAAUAGCUAAAAUUACUGAAACUUAUUAUUAUUAUUUUUAAAAUCUUUAGAAAAACAUGUUUCAAUUUCAUAUUCGAUGAACUUUGUGGACCA